UGUUGUAAGAACAUUUUCUUUCAUCCUUUUCUCAAGUAUUGUUGUGUUCAGUUUACUAAUUAAAAAAGAUGAAGUUCAAACCUUUUAUUUUGCUGAUACUUCUGUCUGGUGUGGUUCUCUCUGUAGGGAGUGCUUAUGAAAAACCAUCACCAAGCGGAAAGGAUGAAGAGCUUAUGGAAUAUCACAAGAAAGAAUAUGUUAUAAGUGGAAGGAAAUUGAUUUUGGAGCCACUUAAUGGUGGAAAAGAUAAGGUAAAGGGAGGUGGCGACUAUGGUGGUGGAUCUGGUGGCAGCGGUGGAGGUAGUGGAGAAGGAGGUGGGAGUGGUAGCGGUGGAAGUGGAGGAGGUGAUUAUGGUGGUGGAGGAAGUGGAGGUGGUGGUAGUGGAGGAGGAGGUGGCAGUGGUGGAAGCGAAGGAGGAGAUUAUGGUGGUGGAGGAAGUGGAAGUGGAGGAGGAGGUGGCAGUGGAAGUGGAGGUGGUGGAGGUUAUGGUGGAGGAGGUGGAAGUGGAGGAGGCGGUGGUAGUGGUGGCGGAAGUGGAGGUGGAAGUGGCGGAGGAAGUGGAAGUGGCGGAGGAAGUGGAAGUGGAGAAGGAAGUGGAAGUGGAGGAGGUUAUGGUGGUGGAGGAAGUGGAGGUGGCAGUGGCGGAGGAGGUGGAAGCGGUGGAGGAGAUUAUGGUGGCGGAGGAAGUAGUGGUGGAAGUGGCGGAGGCGGUGGUGAAGGUGGAGGAAGCGGUGGGGCAGGUGGUGGAAGUGGAGGAGGCAGUUCUGGUGGUGGUAAAGGUGGUGGCAGCGGAGGAGAUUAUGGUGGUGGAGGAAGUGGUGGUGAAGGAGGUGGAAGCGGUUCAGGUGGCGGUGGAAAGGGAGGAGGCGGAAGUGGAGGAAGCGGUGGUGGAAGUGGAGGAGGUGGUGGCGGUGAAGGAGGUGGAAGCGGUUCCGGUGGAAGUGGAGGAGGAGGAUAUGGUGGUGGCGGAAGCGGAGGAAGCGGUGGUGGUGAAGGAGGCGGAAGCGGUUCAGGUGGCGGUGGAAAGGGAGGAGGAGGAUAUGGUGGUGGCGGAAGCGGUGGAAGCGGUGGUGAAGGAGGUGGAAGUGGUUCAGGUGGCGGUGGAAAGGGAGGAGGAAGUGGAUCAGGUGGUGGUGAAGGAGGUGGAAGCGGUUCUGGUGGAAGUGGAGGUGGAGGAUACGGUGGUGGAGGUAGCGGAGGAAGUGGAUCAGGUGGUGGUGAAGGAGGUGGAAGUGGUUCUGGUGGAGGUGGAAGUGGAGGUGGAGGAUAUGGUGGUGGAGGAAGCGGAGGAAGUGGUGGUGGAAGUGGAUCAGGUGGUGGUGAAGGAGGCGGAAGCGGUUCUGGUGGAGGUGGAAGUGGAGGUGGAGGAUAUGGUGGUGGAGGAAGCGGAGGAAGUGGUGGUGGAAGCGGGGGAGGUGGUGGUGAAGGAGGUGGAAGUGGAGGAGGUGGUAGCGGAGGAGGAGGUUACGGUGGUGGAGGAAGCGGAGCCGGCGGUGGUGCAAGUGGUGGAGAUGGUGGAGGCGAUGGAGGAUAUUAAUUCAAUGGUGACAUCUACAUUCUAUGGCAGAUAUGGGAUUAGAAUAUAUACUCUCUUUAAAUUAGUUUUAUCCUUAAAUGUUUGCCAUAAGAUUGUAUCGGCUUUGUUUAUGUGUAGUACUUAUGAAAUACAGGCUUUGAGAUAUUGACAAUAAUAAUCAAAAUUGCAAAUUUGCAUGAUUCAGUACUUGCAAUAAUUGGCUUUCCAACCUU